AUGUCUGGCAUCAAGGGACCUACCCCGCAAGAGCACGAAGGCAGCGGCCUGCGCAUCGGCAUCGUCCAUGCCCGCUGGAACGCGACCAUCAUCGAGCCCCUCGUCAAGGGCGCCAAGGACAAGCUUCUCGGCUGCGGUGUCAAGGAGUCCAACAUUGUCGUCCAGUCCGUUCCGGGAUCCUGGGAGCUCCCCUUCGCCGUCCAAAGACUAUUCUCCGCUUCUCAGGUUCAGUCCGCCCAAGCCGGCUCCGGCUCCUCCGCCGGCGACCUCCUCGGCGCCUCGACCACGGACCUGACCUCCCUCCCUACCGAGUCCUCGGGCGGCCCCUUCGACGCCAUCAUUGCCGUCGGUGUCCUGAUCAAGGGCGAAACCAUGCACUUCGAAUACAUCGCCGAUGCCGUCUCCCACGGCCUGAUGCGUGUCCAGCUCGACACGGGCGUCCCAGUCAUCUUUGGCGUUCUCACUGUGCUGAACGAUGAUCAGGCCCAAGCCCGGGCCGGUAUCACCGCGAGCGGCCACAACCACGGCGAGGACUGGGGUCUCGCCGCCGUCGAGCUGGGCGUCAAGCGCAAGGCUUGGGCCGCUGGCAAGAUUGAAUAA